AACCAGCAACCUUCUUUGUCUGUCCUUUCGUGAGAGAUCUCCGAUAGAAAGACUAUAAUGGGGGGCAUUGAUAUCUCGGCGUUUGCCGAUUGCAGCGUGGCCGUCAACCACAACUUUGGCAUCCCUUUGAGUGUCGUCGUUUUUUUGUACGCAGUCGUUGCGGUGUACACAACCCUUGUUCUGGGAACGCCCCGCAAUCUGAAGGAACUCGGGCUGCGUCCACACGGGGAAAAUCUGUGGGGAUGGUGGUGGAGCUACAACAUCAACGCACGGAACGGGCCGUCCGGGAUUUCCGGAUACGAUCCAAUCCUGGGCUCCUUCGAUCCCUCGAGUCGGACCGCCUUUCACGUCGCUGCCGUCCUGGCUCUGUGGGCGUCUGUCUUGCGCGCCGGUGUCUUCUUCGGUGGGGACGACCAGGGCGAGCUUAGUGUCUGCAAAACAUUCUACGACGACGCCGUGCCCUCGGCAUUCCUGGCCCUCGGUGUGUACGCGUUCGCGAUCGGUUUUGCGGUUCACUAUUUUCUUCCGGGGGUGAGCAAGCCGGGAGGCCCGCGCCCGCACAAGAUUCCCAGGAGCCCAAAGUGGAAGGACGGCCGGACCUCCAUACCAGAAGCGCAGCUGAAGGGGUGGACGUUCCUGACGGCCCAAAAAUCCCACCUGGCAACCUCGGAACAAUUCGGUUCGGAGACACUCUUGACGGGAGAACCCGCCGGUCGCCAAACCUGGUUCAACGUGCAACAAGGAACCGAAGAGUCGAAGAGCGAAAAAGGCCAAGAAAAAGCUAGCGGCGGAGGAGUUGGAGGCUUUAUUUCUAGCUUGCUGUCUCCGACCAAGAAUUCGAAAACCAACGAAGGAACGAACGACGUCGACGAGGCGCUUGUUCAGGAAUUGGCCCUCGGAGGGCGUCCCCACCCCGGGUUCGAACCAUCGGUCAAUCCCAAUACAAACGACCAGAUCUUCCGCGCGCAGCAAAUCCGCAACUAUCUUCGCGACUACGAGAAGAAAACCAAACUGGCGAAGAGCGGGGAUAGCAAUGAAAUAUUGCCAUCGCCGCCCCCCGACAUGUCGUCCAGUCCCACUACCAUCGAAGAAUGCUGCCGAAAGGCAGUACAGUUCUACAACAUGCUGGUGUGCGAGGACGGCCACUGGGCCGCCGACUACGGCGGUCCCCACUUUUUGCUACCGGGAUUGAUCGUAACCUGGUACGUCAUGAACCGGCCCUCGAAGCUGAUCGACGAAAAGCAGGCCCAGAUGAUGGCCCACUACAUCCGCGUCCACCAACAGCUCGACGGAGGAUGGGGCAGCCACAUCGAGUCGCCAUCCACCAUGUUUGGAAGCGUGUUGAUGUACGUUGCUCUGAGGCUUCUGGGAGCCGAUAAGGACGACGAAGCCUGCGUCAAGGCAAGGUCGUUCAUGGACGAGCACGGAGGGGCACUCUACACGUCGAGCUGGUCCAAGUUUUAUUUAUGCCUGCUGGGGGUCAUGGAUUGGAAAGGUCACAACUCAGUUCCUCCGGAAAUGUGGAUGCUUCCCAACUGGAUUCCUUUCCAUCCCGGACGAAUGUGGUGCCACGCCCGGAUGGUAUACCUGCCUAUGGGUUACCUCUACGGCUCGCGAUUCGUCUACGCGAAGGUCGACUCCGAUCCGUUGAUUGCAGAACUGCGAACGGAAUUGUACCCAGGAAAAUCCUACGACUCGAUUCCAUGGAUCAAGACCCGGCAUCUCAUUGCGGUUACCGACAAUUACUCGCCUAUCCCGCUGGUGAUGAGACUCCUGCAAAACGCCCUAGCGAGGUACGAAAACUGGAGCUUGUUCGAUGGCUUUCGAAACUUUUUCCGGGCCCGGGGUUUGGAAUUUUCCAUGGAAUACAUGAAAGCGGAGGAUCUGCAGACGAAUUUCAUCGACAUUGGUCCCGUCAACAAGGUCUUGAACAUGCUGUCGAUGUACCACCACAGCGUUACGAAACCCGACGGAAGCGGCGAUGCCGAACUCCUCGUCGAGAAACACAUGGCCCGGGUUCGCGAUUACCUGUGGGUCGCGGAAGACGGAAUGAAGAUGCAGGGAUACAACGGCAGCCAGUGCUGGGACACGAGCUUUGCCAUCCAAGCGAUGUGGGAGGCCGGCUUGCUGGACGAAUUCCCCGAGCUGACCCGCAAGGUAUGGGGUUACUUCGAGAGAACCCAGAUCCUGUCGACAGAGGUAUCCCAGUCGAGCCCCGCGUACGAGUUCGAGACCUGCGAGAACCGCAACAAGUUUUACCGCCACAUCUCGGAGGGCGGGUGGCCGUUUUCGACAUCGGCGCACGGCUGGCCGAUCAGCGACUGCACCGGAGAAGGCUUGAAAGCCACCCUGUGCCUGCUCAAGUCCAAAACCAUUCAGGAUGCCCUGAACGAAAAGGGGGACAACGGCGAUGGCGUUGCGUCCAUUUCGGACGAGCGUCUCUACAAGGCCGCUCACAUCUUGCUGACCUACCAGAACGAAGACGGUGGAUGGGCCACGUACGAAAACAAUCGCGGGUGGGGCUGGUACGAGCAAUUGAACCCUAGCGAGGUCUUUGGCGACAUCAUGAUCGACUACUCCUACGUGGAAUGCUCGAUGGCGUCCCUGACCGCUCUGGCGGACUUUGCGGAACACUUUCCCGACCACAGAGCCGACGACAUUCGCAGAAGCAUCGACAAGGGACGAUCGUUCCUGAAGAGCAUCCAGCGCGACGAUGGUUCGUGGUACGGGUCGUGGGCCUGCUGCUUCUGCUACGGAAUCUGGUUCGGAAUCGAGGGACUGGUCCGUUGCGGGGAGCCCACGGACUCGUCGUGCAUUGUCAGAGCCUGUCGCUACCUUUUGAAGCAGCAGAACCCGAACGGCGGCUGGGGAGAGGAUUUCACGUCGUGUUACGACAAGGACUACGCAAAGGAGGGAAUGAAGGCGUACGGAGACAGCGAGGGCAGUGGCGUCGUCAACACGGCGUGGGCGUUGAUGGCCCUGUCCUGCGCAAAGUGCGACGACGUCGAAGCCAUUCGCAGGGGCGUUCGGUACCUAAUGAAGCGASAGCUGCCCAGCGGCGAUUGGCCCCAGGAAGGAAUCAGCGGGGUCUUCAACCGCAGCAUUGGAAUCACCUAUACCGCCUAUCGCAACGUCUUCCCCAUCUGGGCCCUGGGACGGUGCCGCGAAGCUUAUGGAGAGGAAGCAUUGUCGGCAACGACCAACGGCGACGAAACGAAGGAAACGUCGUGAUCUCCUCUUUUUUUGAGACAUUCCAAAGACAAGGCUCCGGCCAUUCUACUAAAAGCAUAAUUCAACC